GGUAGCUUCACAUACUGCUGCACUUCAUCCGCAUCUCUCCUCCUAGAAAUAUUUACUUUACAGACUUCACACUUUUACCCAUCUGAUGGAUUUUGAACCCUUUCAAGAUGGGACUAUCGGUCAACACUUCUCUUCUCGACGUUCAUCGACUCAAGGAUUCCCUGAAAACCCUCUCAAGUUCAUCUGUCAGUUCAGACCUGGACCUGGACCUCCAGCAGCCCCUCUAGAUGAGGGUAACUGCUCCGACAUCGAUUGCGAACGGGUGACAAUCGUCCUUCCUGCGCAGUGCACCGUCUACCAGCUGCGACUGCAAAUAUGCAUGCAGGUGGAACAACAGAACACCCUCCAAGACCCGCUCGCAUUUUUGGAUCCACAGAAAUACUCCCUGCUGUAUGCCAGGGGAGAAGACUGGUACGAAGUGUACGACGACUGUCAGAUAAUCAGGACGUUAGACAUUCCGUGGACGUGCGACAGCACCGCCUGUCUCACUGCACACAUUGUCAUAGCACCAGUUCUGACCGUGGCCUCCGAGGAAAAGCAGAAGCAGCAACAGAUCAUUACCUACCUGAUCGGUCAUGACCUGGAGAAGGACGCCUCGGACCGACUGGGUGAGCUGACGUUCACCCGCAGGAAGCUUGCGUUGCCCAGGAAACUGGAGUUGAAGAAUCGGAAUGACUAUUUGUACGCAACAGAGCCCUGGGUUACAAAUGUUCCUCUACCAGAGGACCUGCAGAAACACCUAGACCGGAAACUGACUGUCACCCUCCAUUACAUGAGCGAGAUCAGCUUCAGCACUGAGGUGACGUUGAACGCCACGCCUGCCGAACUCCUAGGCAUUUUCGAACAUGUGAUGAAGGACCAGAAGCGGGCCUAUGACACCACUGAGAGCUUUGUUCUACAGGUCUCAGGGAGAGAAGAGGUUCUCUCCGGAGAUCAUGCCUUGAAGGAAUUUCUCUGGAUUCAUCACUGUCUGAAAACCAACAAAGAAGUCCACCUUUUCGUUCUACCUAUGUCCCAUCUGGUAAACGAAGCUGUCACGUUUGAAGACUUGCCUCUGGUCGAUGGCUUCAGCGGGCAGUUCAGCUCCCAUGAGGACCUAUGCCUGGACAGGAAAGAUGUGGAAGAUAUCUUCAUGAUAUCCUUGUGGGACUGCAAGAGGAAACUGAGAGUCAAACUGCUGGGGAUCGACAUACCGAAGCUUCCAAACAAGUGCCAGCAGACAGUUUACGUAAACGCAUCGAUACUGUAUGGAAACAAAGUUCUUUCCACUGUAUCUUCUGCUCCGAAGAGCUUAGCGGAUGAAGUCCUCUGGAAUGAGUGGCUGGAGUUUGGUGUGUCCCUCAGAGAUCUGCCGCGAGGAGCAAAGCUGGGCUUCACCGUCAAUGAGCGAGUCAUCGAUAGCUCCACUCUAACCAGAGAUUCAAAGGCCUCUGUAGCCAAAGAUUUAAAGGGCAAAGUGCUCUACUUUGUAAAUCUUCUCCUGAUCGAUCACAGAUCCCUCCUCAGCCAAGGCUUCCACACUCUCCACAUGUGGUCGUAUCCCCAGGACGGGGAGGCCGCCACCUACCAGGCUGACAAGCUCUCCUCCGCUGGAAACCCAGACAUCGCAGACUCCAUGGCCAUCACCUUCUUUCUUGACCAAUACAGCUUUCCCGUCGUGCUCCCCAACCAAUCCAACGUAUCCGUCAGUUCUGACACACUCACCUUGAGCUCUCCUGUGCAAGCAGCACCAUCUUCACCCACAGGCUCUCCGGAAUCUUCUCCAAAGAACGCGGUUGACGCCAGUACUCUGAAGCACAACAUGAAGCGAUUGAGAGAAAACAGCAUCCGAUACGUUUCCAACCUGCCUCACUUCCUGCGCAGUGUUGACUGGGUGGACCACUGGGUGGUCGAGGAUGUUCACUGUCUGCUGAGAAACUGGGAUCCAGCCGAGCUGGAGCUGACAGUGGCUCUCGAGCUGUUGAGCGUACACUUUGCAGAUGAGGUGGUCAGGAAACUGGCAGUGCAGAGACUGGAAAGAUUGUCCAACAACGAUGUGUUAAAGUAUUUGCUGCAGCUGGUGCAGACACUGAAAGUGGAACCUUACCAUGACAGCUUCCUUGCCCGAUUCCUCAUCCAGAGAGCUCUGAGGAGCAAGAGAGUGGGACACUUCUUCUUCUGGUACGUCCGCAGCGAGGUCGCUGGUUGUCCGUUCUUCCGCCAGCGAAUGGCGGUGAUCCUGGAGGCCUACCUGCUGGGCUGCGGACAGGCCAUGCUGGACAGCUUCUGCCAGCAAGUCCAGGCGGUAGAGGCCUUGCGCGAAGUCACCUUAGCCAUCAAGAAACUUUACCCCGAUAAAACUGACCUUCCACCUACAGCUCCACUCAGACUUCAAGAGCUUCUACGGAACUGUAAUCUGCCAAAGGAGUUCCUGCUACCAUUUGACCCCCGAAUCAAAGCUGGAACAAUCCUGCUUGACAAAUGCAAGGUGAUGGCCUCCAAGAAGAAGCCCCUGUGGUUGGAGUUCUCUGCCAUGCCCUCACCCACACCGACCACACCGGUGGGCAUCAUCUUCAAAGAGGGGGACGAUCUCAGACAGGACAUGCUGGUCAUUCAAAUGCUCGUGUUGAUGGACUCCAUCUGGCAGGAGAACUCUUUAGACCUGAACCUGAUUCCAUACGGCUGCAUCUCCACGGGAUAUAACAUCGGAAUGAUUGAGAUUGUAAGAGACGCCGUGACCAUCGCUGCCAUCCAGAGGAACCGUGGAGGAACCUCAGGAGCUUUCCAAACUGAAGCUCUGUUUGAGUGGCUCAAGUCCAAGUGUCCGCUGCAGGAAAUUCAUUUCCAAACGGUGGAGCGCUUUGUGAAGUCCUGCGCAGGCUACUGUGUUGCCACCUAUGUGCUCGGGAUUGGAGACAGACACAACGACAACAUCAUGGUCACGGAUGGAGGGAACCUGUUCCACAUUGACUUCGGUCACAUCCUGGGGAACAGGAAACAAUUCCUCGGCGUGAACAGGGAGCGCACGCUGUUUGUCUUGACUCCUGACUUUGUGUACGUCAUGGGAAGGGUUAAAGGUCGCAAAAGUCUCUACUUUCAGCGCUUUGUUGACACCUGCAUUCGGGCCUACCUCUCACUGCGCGCACACUCUCACCUCCUGAUCAAUUUGUUCUCCCUCAUGCUUCUGACUGGCAUCCCGGAGCUCAGCGGCGCAGAGGACAUGCGGUAUCUGCGAGAGGCGCUGCAGGAAGAGCAGGCUGAGGCGGAAGCUAAAGAGCAUUUUCUGCGGCAGAUCAACAAGUGCGAGGAGCUUGGCUGGACUGUGCAGACCAACUGGUGGUUCCACCUUCUGGUUGGCAUCAAGUAGCAAAACACUGCACCAAUUUCUCAUCUAGUCUGCAUACUUCUUCCAUGUAAAUACACAUGGCCCUGCAUCAGCGACUAAAACAAUGGCACUUUUUUUCUAAUCUUGGAUUGAAAUUCACCACGACAGUUGAUGUGAAAGCAACUCUGAGUGUUAUUGGAAUCAGAGCAGUAAAGUCUGGGUUGGUUUAUCACUGACUGGGGUCCAGAUUGUUGUUGUCGUCAUGCUUGUUUUCUGGACUCAGCACCACCAAGUUUUCCCCCUGAAGGAUCUUCAUUCUGGGCAGGGCAACAGGUAUUGGCACAGACAAAUGAAGCUCUGAAGAGUGUCCUUGGUCUGGCCCAAACCUUUUCCCUGGUAUUUCACGUGAAGGAAAGGUUUACCCCGGAGACCAUUGUAGUCUUCACACUUCCAAGUCCUGUCUGCCACGGCAGUGCCUCAACUUUUUUCUUGAACCUUUGCUGCCCUUCUUUUUCAGCUAUGGAAAAAAGGUUGCACUUCAGGG